CCAUAAUCUGACAGGUUUGUCUGAGAUUCUCGUUUCUGUGCCUGACAGUGACAAGACCCUGAUUGGUCGCCAACACAACAGCGACAGCGACAGCGACAGCGACGAGGACGAAACCAGAAAUGGCACAGAGAUGACCAAGCUGCCAUGACCGACCACAACUGUACUGUAUUUAUUUACAUACUCUUGAUGGACAGUCAAACACAGUGGGGGCAGCCAAGCAGGGUAGAGAAGGAGAAAGAGGCGAGGAAACGACACGAGACAUGGGACACGGUGAUCGUGAGCUCAUACAUCAUUGGCGAAAUGGCCAAGCCGAAACCAGCGUUUAUUCAAUUAUCUAUAAAGACUCGAAAGAGCUCUUGCCAGGACAGCAGGUUCGUAGCCAGCACCACGGACAGGUUGCAGAGGCCGCCUUCGCUGGCCGGUACACAGGUUUGGACAUCUGUGACCCCCGCAGGAAACCUAGGGAGAUAGGACGUCUGCGGGAAAAGAGGGAAGCAAUCCAUCAUCUGUAGGCUCCCGGGGCACUUCCAGAUGGCAUCGUCUGU